AUGGAUGAACUUAUUGACAGUGUCAAGAAAACCAUAAGUAAUCUUCAGGAGAAGAGGUCUUUUCUGGAAGAUCAACGUGUACAUUACCGUCAUAUCAAGGAUAGUUUAUUAUGCUAUGACAAGAGCUCCUUCGACGAGGAUGCGACUGAAGAUGGUCACCAACGCGGCCAAGUGUUUGGAGAAAUCAUUAUCUCGUCGAAAAUUUACCUAAAUCUGGGUUACGAAUACUUUGUGGAGAAGUCCCAGCAAGAUGCCAUCGAAUUCAUCUCCGAGAAGAUUAGUUUGAUUUCUAAUGCGAUAGGUCAAUUCGAUGCAAAGUUGAGUGAAGCAAAUGAGACGUUUGCAAAUCUACGCAAGGUGCAAGAAAUGGAUGUUAAAGAAGCAGAUUUUUCCAACGAUGGCUACGGUGACUCUGAGGAAAAAUUGCCAUUCAUGGAGAUUAGGGAGGAGCUUGAUGAGGAUGGAAACAUGAUAAGUAGCUCGAUCAACCCUACCGCACAAUCUUUCAAUACUCUGAUGACCAAAUCCAAAGAAGAUCCCUCGAAACAGUCUGAUGUGAAGCAAGAAGUGAACACCGACUUAGAAAGUAAGACAUCGGACUGCCGUGGAUCAAUUGGUGAGGCCCUAUUCGAUACUGAAUUUGAGAAAAGGAUACGACAGAAGUUGAGUAGAGCUGAUUCCGCAACGGAUGCAACGUUCUCUCCUAAGAGGGGGGAUAUUGAGGAAAUAUCGAGAGGUGUGCUGUCGAAAACUGAGGGACCGGUAAUAAAGGAAGUAGAUAUUGAGGAUGUACACGUCAAGGGAGCUCCUGGUGUAGAUGUGAAUCAAUAUGAUCCAUCCAAGCCUGCCAUAGAUCCUAAAGACAUAUAUUCUUUUGAGGACAUUGUCCAGCAACUUGAAUAUGAGGAUGAGCUGGAGGAUGGUAAAAUUGAUGAAAAAGACAUAAGCUAUGAUUACGAAGCAUACGGAGAGAACUAUGAAUCACUGGGUGGAAUUUUUGACGACGACACCGAUGAAGAUGAUUAUGAAUAUGAUUUCGGGCCCUCUAUAGUACCUGGUGGGGCUCAAAAUAUGUUUAUGGAACAAGUAAAUCGCUUACGGGAAGAAAAGUUAAAGCAAUUGAAUGAAUCAAGGAAUCAAUAUACAAAGUCCAUUCUCAAGAAAGAUAAUAAGAUUAAAGAUUCAACGAAAAAGAAGAAAGUUGGUUUCGCGGCAGAAUUAGAUAUUUGUGAAAUUGAAAACUACAAAGAAGAGACAAAAAGGAACACAUUCAAUGGUCUACAGUCUUCCAUUGAAUCUCAAAUUUACAGCUCAAACAGUGACGAAGAGUUUGAUUAUGAGCUAUUUGCUAAAAUGAUUGGGGUGAAAGAUCCGGAUGCUCUUCAUGAGAGGUAUGAAAAGAACUCUGCUGAACAAGUCUCGGAGCCAACUCUGCCGGAAAGAAGGAGCAAAAGAGUUUCAAGGUUCAAAAAAGAUAGAGCCGUUGCAGCUGGAGGUAAAGCUACGGACGAAUAUUCUACUGUUACGGGAAGCACAAUCAAGGAAGAACACAAUCUACAAAAUGAGCUGAGCGAAUCAACGAUAUCUGAUAUUACUGAGCGUACCAUAUUAGUUGAGGAUGGAGGUAUCUUGACCGACGUGAGUGAAAGUACCUCGAAAGUCGACCUCUCUUUCAGUAAACUCACAAUCGAAGAAAAAAAUGAUAUUUGCGAACGCACUGGCAAGAACGAUAAUACCCAUGAGAGUCAAGAUGUAAACCCUACCAUUGAUUUGUCUUCGCCGGAAACUCACAAAAAUAUUGAUUCAGGAGGACUACCCACACAUGAGGGUAAAAGGUUGAGCAAGUUCAAAAAGAAUCUAAACUCGCUACAGAGACCUAGAAUGAAAAAUACCAACACAAAAAAAAGAAUCAAAGAUCUCUCUAUUCUUGAAGAAGAUGAAGAAAACUUUGAUACAGACAAGAUUGAGGCAGAAAGUACCGUGAAGGCAAAAAAUGUUGAGCACGUUUCAGAACACAAGGAGGAUGGCUUUCCCACUGAGAUAUCCAAGAUCAUUAAUGAGAAGGAAUGUGACGUAGUGCAAAAUCCAAAGGUAGAUUACCAAGUAUUGGGGGAGAAUAUUGAUGACAUGGCAAGGGCUUACAUGUUGGGCAUGUAUAACGAUGACCUGGACGACCCAGGUACCGUUUUGGAAAGGCUAGAUGACUUUGAGAGCUAUAAUAAACAAGCUCAGAGCCUCGAAGGGGACGUGAAAGAGUUUCUUACGAAAACUGCACCCUACUUGGAAAGCGAUAACGACGAACAUCAAUCAUCCGAAGACGAAGGACCUGUCGUGGUUGAUAUAAUUGAGAAAGAUGAUAUCAACUCCCCCGAAGAGUGCGGAGACGAUAUCGGGCUUGAGCUAGCUACACUUCAAGAUGAAGUUUCUAUGAGUUACCAUCGUUUGAGACAUAAGAUAAUAGCUGCCCAGGGUACAGGUCAAAAAUCGUCCCAAGAACUUGAGCUGGAGCCCAUUGAUGAGCACGGAAAUCCGAUAAAACUCAGCAGAUUUAAGUCUUCAAAGUUAAGUAUGGCCCCAGGGCAGUAA